GAGAGAUCCAAAAUUGCGCGGGAGGAGUCCUAUCACGUACAGAACCAGAAGCAAAGAACGGAGCGUCAACGACUUAGGCAACUUGGAGGCCAUGAUCCCAAGGUGCCUGUUGUCCAAGCUACUCCGAGUGAUGAUAGCAGUGGCCCGGCAAAGAGGAAACGUAACGACUCGCCACCGACAAAUGCAUCGAAGGCCUCGCGGCCGCGGACUGAUAAAGCAAACGCUCCUCCACCCGAGGCUCCCAAGGGUCCGCGACGCAGCAAAAUUGAUGCUAACAUUCCAUCUAAUACAGAGGGAUUGGUAAGACCAUCCCGGGAUGGCCCAGCGUAUGCCCCUCUUGACAAAGGCAAAGCCAUCAAUGGUCCUCAACCAGGUCCGGGGCCCGCCAACGCACCCCCACGUUCUGGACCACCAAGACCCGGGAAUGGCGCUCGACCUCCCCCGAUGCGGAAAAAGAAGGAAGCCGAUCCAUUCAUUAGACCAAAGCGGAGAUAGAUAAUGCGAUGCCCUAUGGCAGUUUGGCAUAUCCAUCCUCGCUAUACUUUUCUUUUCAUUUCUCUUCUCUUCUUUUCGUUUUCUUUGGAAGACCUAUCACACACUCCAUGGGUCUAAUGACCGACAGUAUGACAUGUUGGUCCUUUACUUGCAUGCAUAUGAGCGAGCAUGGCGGAUUCUUGAUGUCCUUUCCCCAUUUUGUUUCCUGUAUAUGCAUUCGGGCCGUCUUGCUUGGAUGUCGCGCUUUCAUCAUGUACACUUUUUUCUCCUCCCUAUGGUUUAAGGUUCGAACCGCUCGUGAGCAUAUGGAAUUCUGGAAUGUCUCGAAGAAGGCCAGAGUUUCAGUGGCGUUUUUGUUUCGACUUGGGGUUUGUUAAACUAUGUUCUCUAUACUGUCUUUUUAUUUUUCUUUCGGCAGAGGACAAGCGAUGGCAGGAAAGCUGGCAGAGUGUGCUUGUCCAAACAUACCCUUAGAUGUGAAUGGCCCCC